AUGACUCUUGCUGUGGCCGUAGGUUGUCUCACCCACAUGCCAAUGCUGCCAACCUCCAACUGUACCUCUAAAAAAUCAGUCAUAAUUACCAUAGCCAAGCUAUAUUUAGUGUUUCUACUAGGAAAAUGUAGUAACGAUGAUAACAACAAAAGACCAGUUGAAAGGAGUAAAAGAAAACCAGGUGGUACAGGUGUAGGAGGGUUGGGGUCUGGUCCACAUGUGAAUAUUACUAAGCAGCGACCAGAAAAUACUGAAGAUGGUGAACUAGAUAACAAUACUUUUGCAUUUGAUUUCACUCCCAAUGAGUGGUUGGUCAUUUUUCUUUUUUUUAUCCUCUUGGUGGAUUUGACAUGCUUUAAAACAAUUAAUUAA